AUGUCCUCCACUGAGACGCGGCAAGCUCCGGUGGGGGGAUUGAAUGCGCUGCGCUCCUGCCACCGCAUUAGAGUGCACUGGAUCAUCCUGACGGCGGUGGCGGGUCUGGACCGCGAGACGCAGGACCGCUACGAGCUUGUCGUCAAGGCGACAGACAUGGCGGGCCAACUGGGCGGUCUCUCUGGCUCCACCACGGUCACCAUUGUCAUCACCGACGUUAAUGACAACCCACCUCGCUUUCCACAAAAGAUGUACCAGUUCACGGUGUCUGAGGGGGCCACGGUGGGCACCUCGGUGGGACGCGUCAUCGCCACAGACGCUGACAUGGGGGAGAACACGGAUAUGGGCUACCUGAUCAGCGACCAGGAGGGAGGGGAGCUCUUCAAGGUCACCACCGACGUGGACACCCAAGAGGCUGUCAUCUGCAUCAAGAAGCCGCUGGACUUUGAGAGCAAGAGGAGCCACAAUGUGGUGGUGGAGGCGGUUAACAAGCACGUGGACCCGCGCUUCGCCGACCUGGGCUCCUUCCGUGACCAGACCAUCGUGCGCAUCACGGUGUCCGACGUGGACGAGCCCCCCGUCUUCCGGCCGGCCGACGGGGCCCGGCUGGAGGUGCAGGAGGACGCCGCGCUGGGCGCGCUGGUCGGCGUGGUGACGGCCCGGGACCCAGAUGUGGAAAACGCACCUGUCAGGUUUUCUAUUGAUCGGAGCACGGAUCAGGAUUCCAUCUUCCACAUUGAUCAAGUAUCUGGUGCCAUCACGCUGGGCAAGGUUCUGGACAGAGAGGCCGCAGGCUGGCAUAACAUCACAGUGGCUGCAGUGGAAGCAGAUAACCAGGCCAUGGUGUCCCAUUCAGCGGUGAGCAUCCGUAUCCUGGACGUGAACGACAACCCCCCAGAGCUGGCCUAUCCAUACGAGGCCUCCAUCUGUGAGGACGCAAAGCCAGGCCAGGCAAGUCAACUCGAGUGCACCCCCAUAGAAAAAUACGAAGGUUAGCCUUGAGUCAUGCUAUGCAGGGAUUUAUGAAUAAAGGAUAAGAGUAUGUGUAGAUGCUGCUCAUGCAAUUAUGUAUACAACAAUGCAACAAUACUUCAUUGACACACGGUGGGUAUUUUUUUUUUUCUCACUUGGCCUUUCAUAAGCCUUUUCAAGUACAUUGAAACGCGGCAAUAUGAUUCAGAAACAAGGUUAUACAAGACAUGCAUAUAUUACAUUAUUUCUACUUUGGGUUGAGGAGGCUAAUUUAACUUGGGUUGAUGGACUUUUUCUGUAUUUUGAGUUGCCUUUGGCACACUAGUACAUCUCCCUGAGUGCUGCAUGUCAAACUGAAGGCAUGUGUAGGGGAUCUUUAGAAUGGUGUGUGUGUUUAAUCUAUGCAUAAAUGCAGCUCCUGGUAUAUUAAAGGGGCCCGUCAGGCUCGGUUCUGUUCCAAUAAAAUAGUAAUGCGUUGUACGUUUGUUGUUGAAUAAAUUCAACAUCAACUAGGUUCUUUCUCAGCUUUGCAGCCAAACAAAUGGCAGAAAUCCUGGACCACUCACUGGUCCUAUUUGUUCCAAUUCUGAACAGGAAUCCUAAAUAAAUGGUCCAACUUUUGUGAUUUUUUUGUUGCAGGAACAGAUCUGAUUGAUAAUGUAUGUUGUUUUUUCUAUGAUAGAUAUGGAGUUUUUCCUGGUUUGGAUAAUUUUAAGGGCGCUUGCAAUAUUGUACUAAUGUUGUGUUAUUUUUAUUGGUACGUCUGUGUAAGACGUAAAACGAUAACGACACCAACUGGCAAAUAGAAAAAAAAAGCUACUGUCAGCUUUUGCCUCUGUUGUCCAAUUACAAUGAUGUAUACAUAGGUUAAAUCCACAUCUGGUGAUUAUCGAUUCAACGUUUAAUGCUCCACACACACGUGCAUUUGUAAUAUAUCCUAACCUAUACUCUUUAUGAAUUAAAAAGGAUGUGCCAAAGUGCUGCUGUUUCAGCUCUCGCCAUCAUGAAUGGCAGCGCCAGGGCUUAUUGUGCCUCCACCCUUAUCUCCACCUCUUACAUCAGACCUGCAGCACAGUGUGUCCUGCAAUCUCACGGACAUGUAUAGGCAGAUGCCACUCCUUUGACCCGGGACUCCCGAGAGCAAAUUGAUUUUAUAGAGGCCAACUACAAGAGUCCUUUGAAUCAUGGAUGAGUGGGUUUUAUUGUUUUAAAUAUGCAGUGUUUCCAUUCGGCAAGAACAAAAGGACGGUAAAUGGGGGAAAUUAAAAAAAAUUACGUGCCGUCUAUGUCAGUUUCACCCAGGAAAGGUGGUGGACUUUGUAGAAAUCAUGAAGCAUUCUAA